AUGGGUGAUCGUGAGCGACGUCCAGAGAAGCCAUGGUCCUGUAGCCUCAAAGGGGAUUUUAAAGAUCCCUAUUUCGGAAGAGACAGGCAUGGCGUCUUUAUGCGUGCCACCGAUGAUGACACUGGACGUGAUAGAGUGUACACGGCGGACAACUACUCUCACGGCGAUCGUGACCGAGAUCGCGAAAGAGACCGAGAGCGGGAACGCGAAAGAGACCGCGAACGACAACGGGUCAUCGAUCGAGAGCGAGAGCGAGCUUUCGAGCAGAGAAAGCGAGCUCUCGAGCGACAAAGAGAGAAAGAAAGAGAGAGAGAGAACGAGAGAGAACGAGAGCGGGCUCUGGAAAGAGAAAAAGAACGAGCCCUGGAACGAGAACGAGAACGAGAGAGACAACGUGAGAAAGAGAGGGAGCAAGAACGAGUCUUAGCACGAGAACGCGAACGUGAGAGACAACGUGAGAAAGAAAGGGACCGUGAACGAGAAAGGGACCGGGAACGUGAGCGUGAGCGCAGACGUGAGCGCGAACGAGAACGCGAACGGUAUCGUGAUCGUGAUCGCCGUACCCAACGUGCGGCGAGCCCACCUCCACGUGGACGCACUCCACCACGCGCCGCUAGCCCACCCCGCCGCGGAUACACUCCACCUCCCGGACAUGCAUAUAGUCCACCUCGCCCACGUUACCCAGGUGAAUACUCGGGAAGUUGCUUGUUCCCACCCCCCUCGGAAACCGGGCACCACAACAACCAAAAUAGAGGCUGGGGAAACCCAUCACCUAAUCCUUCUCGCCCUGCGGCACCAUGUGUAGUCACCAUGGCGACGAACAAAGGGAUGUCAACUGGGUUAGUUGACAAUACUGGAACCCUCCACACUCUAGAUCAAAGUGGAAAAGUGGUCAGUCAACCUGCAGCAGAAAAGACCGUUGACUUCGCCAAUCAGUUGGCCGACUACCGCAACUACGAUCACACUUUCGAAAUUUAUGAUCAGAUAAAAGACAACCAGCAAAACCGUUUACCUCAAUAUGUCCCAAGGGGGCAGUCGGCCCCGAACUUCAAUUACCAACCGACCGCCACUCCCAUGCUUCCAGCCCCAAAGCAACCCACCAAUGAGGAUCUUGCCGCACGUUUCCGUGCUGCCCUUAAUUUUGACGCUACGGCCCCAGCUACCACAGCUGAACUUAGCGCUGCCCAGGCCUACAAGCCACGAAUUUUUGGCACUACGGUUAAUAGCUCGGAAAUUAAAGACCCCUUGAUGGUUAACACGAAAAUCAACGAAGCCUCUAUGAAGGAUGCGUUCAUCAAGAAACCUAUUAUGAACAAUUCCACAAUCUAUAGGCCGGCCAUGAAGGACGCCAUCAUAGAUCUUGUAGCCGCCAAAGAUCAUGCAGUCGUCAAAGAUCAUGCAGCCGUCAAAGAUCAUGCAGCCGUCAAAGGCCUCGUAACCGCCAAAGAUCUCGCAAUCGUCAAAGACCUCGCAGCCGCAAAAGAUCUCGCAGUCGUGGCCAUCACCGCAAGAGAAGUAAGACCAAGGUUACUUUCGUUGAAACCGACUCAAGCAGCAGCAGCAGCAGCAGCAGUAACAGCAGCAGUAACAGCAGCAGUAGCAGCAGUAGCGGUAGUAGCGGCAGCGGCAGCAGUAGCAGUGACGACGGUAGCAGCAGCAGCGGUGAUAGUAGCAGCAGCAGCGACCAUCGCGGCCGCUCACAUUCUCACAACCACUCCAGCAAGAAGAAAAAAAGCAAGAAAAGUAAAAGAAAUGGUUGUAGGAGCCUCUGUAGACAUAGUAGGGGCUCAUGCUGUGAUGGCACCAUCUGCUGCAACUGUUAAAUUAGCACUCACGGUUCUUUGGCUUUGCUCAAUUUUAUACAUCCUUCGAAUUUUCCUGUUGCUUUUUUAG